GCCAAGCUCGCAGCAGCAAAAGAAAAGUUUGGGAGAGAAAUUCGUGUUUUUGAAACGUCAGCUGCUUCUUCUUCGCAAACUGAAGAGUCUAUUACUGAGGAGACAGAUGAAUUUUUUGAGUUCACAGCAGAGGAUUAUUAUCGAAUUAUGAAUGCCAAAAAGGAAGAUAAGGUUCUAAAAACACGAAAGCUUAAAGAGGCAGAACAGGCAGCCCGCAGGUCAAGGAUAACUAAGACUGUGAUCAGGGUUCGAUUUCCUGAUAAUCACACAUUAGAGGCCACUUUUCAUCCAUCAGAAACAGUUCAGAGCUUGGUUGAUCUCCUCACGAAAGUAGUUGCUCGACCAGAAUUACCAUUCUACAUAUAUACUACUCCUCCUAAGAAGCAGAUAAAAGACACGUCACAGGAUUUUUACUCUGCUGGCUUUGUUCCUGGUGCAAUUGUGUAUUUUUCAUAUAAUAUACCAAAAGCAGAUGAUGCUUCAGAUGCCAAGUCAGGUCCCUUCCUUCAGGAAGAGAUCAUGUCUUUGAAAGGUUUGGAACUCCUCACUAAACAUGCCGAGCCUGUUGAGUCUGCACCAGAAACAAUACCAGAGGCAUCACCUCCUGUUGUUCAAGAGAAGAAGCCUGCAGAGAAAAAACCUGUUAAGCCAAAAUGGCUGAAACUGUGACAUGAAUCACAUGAGUUCUGUAAAUUGAUGGGCGCAACUCCCUAUCUUUAAGAUUGUGCUGAUUCUGACCGUUAUUUGAUGGCCGCAACUUGCCGUUGGAUAAUUGUUAGGAGUUUCAAGAGAGAACUUUUGCAUAUGUGCUUUGCUAAGGUGGUUCAUAUUUUCUAAAACAAUGUAUGAAUGUUAACCAUAUAUGAAAUGUGAUAAAAGUUGUUAGUUGUUU